AUAACGUCAUAUCUUUUGGCCAUCUCCACUCCACACACACACACUUCAUUUCUAAUCUCUCCUCUCUCUUUCUCUCUUCACACCCACUCUUCAAUGGAGUCUCUUUCGCUCUGUUUAUCCUCCUCUUCCCCAAUCUUCAAACCCCACAAAAUCAUCUCAAAAACCCCACCAAAUUCUCUCCAACUCCCAAUUCCUUCACCCUCUAACAAUUCCCAUGGAAAUCGAAUUUCAACCUUUGUACAUUCUCUCACCUCAAAAACCUCCCUAAAACCCCAAUUUUAUCUCCCAAUUUUGAUGGGUUUUCUCCCUUCGUACCCCUCUUUUGCAUCCGAAAUUGCAGACCCAUCUGGGCGAAUCUCUGCUAGAAUCAACCUUGAAUCAAUUCUGGUUUCAAUUGAUGAUUUUUUUAACAAAUACCCUUAUUUUGUUGCUGGGGUUACCUUCAUUUGGCUGAUAGCACUUCCUUUAGCUGAAGAAUAUCUGAAAAAGUACAAGUAUGUAACUGCCCUUACUGCAUUUAAGAAAUUGCGGGAUGAUUCUAGUAUUCAAUUAUUGGAUAUUAGGGAUGAAAAGAGUUUAGGGUUUCUGGGUUCCCCUAAUUUGAGGAUGUUUAAGAAGGAUGUGGUUCAAGUCACUUUUAAUGAAAGUGAUGAAGAUGGGUUUUUGAAGAAAGUUCUGGAAAAAUUUGCUGAUCCUAGCAACACCAGUGUUUGCAUUGUGGACAAUUUUGAUGGUAAUUCAAUCAAAGUGGCCGAAUUUUUGGUGAAGAAUGGCUUUAAGGAGGCGUAUGCAAUCAAGGGUGGUGUCAGUGGCAAGAAUGGAUGGAGGGAGAUUCAACAGGAAUUUCUUCCACCAUCUGUACACGUCUACCCUAAAAAGAAGGCCAAAAAAUCACAACAACGCGAAAGCAAUGGUGCUGCUAAUCAACCUGAUAUAGAUCAAGUACAAACUGCCACUUCCGAGAAGUGACACAAGACACAACUUUUGGUGAUUACAUAUACUUUGCUUAAACUGGAGCAAGGCUUGAAAGGGUGGUGUGAUUGUUGGACAUGGAAUGCAGCUGAAGGCAAUCCAAUCCAAUCCAAUCCCAGUGUAUGCGCCUAUGCGGGAGAAUCCUGAUUGUAGUAAUUGUUUCCCAGCUCUGUUCUGCUUGAGUUUGAUCUCAGUUUUGACGGUAAGAACAAACAAGUCCUUUGUAUUAUGAAAAUAUAUAUAUAUUGUAUCCUACGAGGAACCUAUGUGUAUGCAAUGUAAAUGUUAAGAGCCUUGUAUAGAGUUGGAGGGCUAUUUAUAUUUGUGACAAUCUUGGAUAUUGCAUUUUCUGUAAUCAACCUUAUUACUUUUAGA